GGUCCCCAGUCAGUCUGCUGUGCGCUCAGAGCAGAAGCUGAGAUCAGCCCGAGUGGAGCAGGGCACUCAGUCGCCACUGUGGGUUACCAUUAAGACUCUUGUUUUGUUAGUGGCGAGGAUUCUCGCACUUUCACUUCGACAUGUGGCCGAGCGCAGGACGAGGCGAUGAAUAAUACAACUGGCUUGGCGCUGGUAGGAGCUAGGAGCCGGGAAGGGUUACCGGCGCACCGCGUCUUGACGGGCUGUGUUCUGGCGCUGCUCAUCAUUUGGACACUUUUAGGUAACUUCACGGUGUGCGCGGCCGUUUAUCGCUAUCGGCACCUGCGCGCAAAAGUAACCAACGUCUUCAUCGUGUCGUUGGCUCUGUCGGACCUCCUGGUGGCCGUGCUGGUGAUGCCGUGGAAAGCGGUGGCCGAAGUGGCCGGUUUCUGGCCGUUCGGGGGCUUCUGUAAAACCUGGCUGGCCUGCGACAUCAUGUGUUCAACGGCCUCCAUCCUAAACCUGUGCGUCAUUAGUGUGGACCGAUACUGGGCCAUCUCCAACCCGUUUCGCUAUGAGAGGAGUAUGAAUAGGAGGGUUGCAUCCGUCAUCAUCGGUGUGACCUGGACAGUGUCUGUGGUCAUCUCCUUCGUUCCUGUGCAGCUAAACUGGCACCGGGCGGAGAUCGGUGACCCAACCGGGGAGAAUCCGGCGCACUACGGUAGUAGUACUGACAGCUGUGACUCAAGCCUCAGCCGCACAUAUGCCAUCUCCUCCUCCCUCAUCAGCUUCUACAUCCCGGUCGCGAUCAUGAUUGUGACAUACACACGCAUCUACCGGAUAGCCCAAAUGCAGAUACGCAUGAUAUCCUCCUUGGAGCGGGCUGCUGAGCACGCGCAGAGUUGCCGCUCGGACGUUCCUGAACUGAUUUCACACCUGUGCACAGAAAUGAGCACCCGCUCGUCUCAGUCUCACAUCAGUCUACAUCCGGACUGCCAGCCCUCUAAUCAGUCACACUGCGAGCUCAAAGUCUCCAUCAGAAAAGAGACAAAAGUGCUCAAAACUCUGAGCAUCAUAAUGGGCGUGUUCGUCUGCUGCUGGCUGCCUUUCUUUAUCCUCAACUGCGCUCUGCCUUUCUGUCCCGGACCAGCUGCUCCGGCGGCCCAACGCGGCCCUUACUGCGUUAGCGAAAAAACUUUUGAUGUCUUUGUGUGGAUCGGCUGGAGCAAUUCGUCUCUAAACCCGGUCAUAUAUGCGUUCAACGCGGACUUCAGAGACGCUUUCCUGCGCCUGUUGCGCUGCCGGGGACGCGGCUUUUUGGCCGCGGUGAGUGCCGCGGUGGAGACGGUAAUGGCGAGUAACCAGGCGGGAAACCCCAAGCGAGAAAGCCCGACGAAGGUGAGGCUGGACGUCUCCUGCGCGACAAACACGAGGGGAAGUGAGGACAGCGGGAACACUACGGUGACUGUGUUUUAUCACAGAGGGACGAGGUCAGAACAAGUGACGGACACUGAGGACAGGAGCGACAGAGACAAGCUGACGCACAUUCCCAUCUGAGCGGGAUCAUUUCAGGGGUCGAGGGGUAAGGCAAACACAAGGAGAACAGACUAAACCCCGGAUGUAGAGGGACAGGAAAAGUGAAGCACUGAAUUUUUUCCCACCAGGGAGAUCUCGAGGACCCACAAAAUAACCCACCUUACUGCUACACUACAUCUGGAUGUCUUCUAAAGUCUUUUUCCCAUCCUGGGAUUAGGGAGUGUGUUUGGAUAACUGUGGGUGGUGCAGCUGUUUCUACCUGUGUGUAGACAUAAGCUUUAUCUUUGCUGAUCAGUGCCCAACAAAAUCUUUAGGUUAAAAUAUUCUGAAUCAAAAUUUGAAGGGGGGCUGUUGAAAAGUUUAUAAAAAUAGCAGGCUGAAUUAGGUGGAGAAGAAAAAGGGAGAAAAUAUGACCCUUUUAUGAAGAAAAUAUAUAUAGUUGUACUUUGGAAGUAAAGGGGACACCCGUAGGUGAAUACAUGCUUGAAUCAGGCAGAGGGAGGUGCAUCCUUCUCACCCUCACCUCCAGCUUUCAGAUUGGAGUAGAUGUUUUACAUGGAUGGGUGGAUUAACAGAAAAAUUUACUCAGUAGGACAGAGGUUUUGCAGAGUGGCCAUUCAAAAGGCAAAUAGCUGGCUUUCCUCUCUCUCUUCCCCCAGUGUGGAGAGA